GUAUUUUGAAUUUUCUUGAACCAACGUGGUCAUUUUUAAUGAAUCAUAAUAAUUAUUAACAAUUAAUCACCUUUGAAAAAAUACUGGCCUGGCCGUGCAUUAUAAGACAGAAUAAACUUGAACCACUCCUAAUUCUAAACUACAAGAUUUAAAUGUUAAACUACUUCCCUGCUAAAUGCCGCAUAUUAUAAUGCAAAAUUAUAUAUUAUACUAAGUUACCCACUACAACUCUCGAUUAUACAGUCUCCAUCUAAUUUUACCUAUUUUCUAAUCAAAGCAUCUUGGUACAAAUUACCUUUAGCCCGCACCCUGUCCAAAUGUAAUGAACAACUUAACCGCUCACAAACUGUUUAGUGUUUAACAGCACAGUGUUACAGUGUUACAGUGUUACACUGUAACACUGUAACCCUGACUGUAACACUCUAACACUCUAACAGUUUCUGUACAACAUUCGCGCUCAUUUUGUUAAUAAGUAGGGAUAUAAUCAUAGUGGAUGAAUUGUUACCAGGUAACUUUUAACAAAGUACAAAAGUAAGGACCCAUCACACCUAACCCCUCACUAUAAUAACACAGGAAGAAUGGAACAAGUAGAUCAGAUCAUUAUAGUAACUCUACGGGAUCUAGGACUUGAUAUUGACAGUGCGGAGAUAGUAUCUAUAUCCCAGUUCAAUGACCAGCUGGUAGUGCAGAGUGUAGCACGAUGUCUCAACAUUAUCAACAACAAUAAGAAUAAACUACCGGAGAAGUUGCCUGAGGGCAUGGCUCGGAGAUACAGAGUUGGGAUUGAACUUGCUAACGCUUGUAAAGAGUUAGGUUACAAAGCAGAUCUAGGGUACGAAACAUUCCUCUACUCUAACGAGGUAGAGAUAAGGCGACUUUUAAUGUUCCUGGUAGAGAACUUACCACGUGCGCGGCAGGACUCAGACGACGGCGACAUCUCCACCACAACCUCUCUUAAAACUAACAUUGCGAAGGAACUGCGGAGACAACUGCAACAGCCAUGGUUACCCGCACGUUGUCAUGGCAACAAUGUGGUGUGGGACGGAAACAGGAAAACAGGAAGUUACCACUACGUUGGUGGGUUUAGACAGUUCACUGCUCAGAAUCUUAAGAAAAGUGACAAAUGUUUGGGUUUACAGUGUGGUCCAGAUCAGCUCCUCUCCAGUCUACUUCAACUCUCUACCAAACUAAACCAGGAGCUUGAUGUAUCCAACAUGAGCUUCACCCAGUCACAGAACAGCUCACCCUCCAAACUGAAGAGUGACGUGUAUCAACUCAUCAGAGCAGCUGGAAGUGAAGCACAGAUCGCUGCUGAUAGUGGGGAGCUGAGCGCUAAGAUGGAGACACUACAAGUAACAUCAGCUGCUGAUAGUAGUCGAGAGCACAGUAUCUUCAAGUUAACAGAGAAUGUGUUGCGUGGUAGUAAGGAGGCGGAGGAGGCGGAGACACCUGUGCAGGAGGAGGACGAGGAGGAUCUUAUCAGACAACACGAAGCAGAAAGAGACACACUAAUGGAGACUCUGGAACAACUGAACAAGAAACAAAGCGACAGUAAAACUAAGAUAGAGACAGCCAACAAGAGGUUGGAAGAACUGGAGAAGAAGAAGAAACAGAGGGAGGAAGAAGUUGAGAAACUGAAGGGAGAGUUCCUGUUGAAGAGGAAGACGCUGCAGUUAGUUCCGCAGGAGAAGAACGCGGUGGUGGCUAUGAAGGAGAGGGUGGAGAGUGCUAAAUCUGAUACCUCUAGUGUUAAAGCGUUGUGGGUAACAAAAGAAGCAGACCUGGUAUCAGAAGUGGAACUGCUAGGGACAGAUCUGAGGACGAAGCAGCUGCAAACAUCAGAGUAUAUAGAGGAUGUUAGAAUGAUGAGGGAGGAGAUUAGUGAGCUAGUGUCUAGUAUUGAGAGCAAGGAAAUUAUUGCAGCGGAGCUGGAUAGUAAAGUUGCCAGCUUACCUAACAGUAUAAACAGGAACACACACACAAUGAAGAUACUAGAUAUAGUUGACAAGAUUAAACGACAAAAGGAACACAUCACUACAAUACUCAGCGAAACUAAAUUAGUACAAAAGGAGAUUAACAACUUAAACGGUAAAAUCGAGAGAUCCUUCAUAGAAACGGACGAGAUUAUCUUCAGAGAUGCUAAGAACAACGACCAGUGCAGGAAAGCGUAUAAGCUCCUCGCAAACCUUCAAUCAGAGUUUAACGCGCUAGUGCGAGGGUUGGACGAUAUAGGGAGUAUCAACAGAGAACUGAGAGACAUUGAGGAUUUGUUACAUAGAGAGAGGGAGAAGAAAACGGGGGAACAGAUCAAGAAGGUCGCUAAGGAUCUGGCUGCUGUUGCUAAGGAUAAUGAUAAAAUGAUUUCUGCUAUUAAAUCUGCUAAGGCUAGCAAGAAGUCUUGAUUUUGGUGUGUUUUUUAUGUGUUAAAUUUAUGUGGUUGAUUGAAAGCCUGGUGCAUUUUUUCACAUACUGAUUUUGUGUAGUUUCGUCGGUUUCUUUUUCUAUUAUGAUUGACUGAGCUGGGAAUUUUUGGCUUUUUGAGUCCACAAAUUACUUGACUCGUUUUUAAGGUUUUGUACAAUAAUUUAAGAGAUGUGUGAAUUUUAUUUUGACUUAUCAGAUAGUUUUUUAUGUUAUUGAAUUGUUAAUUAAUUAACUUAAUUAAUUUUACUAUGUUCCUUGAUC